AUGAACCAAGCCCGACCUCGCUAUGUCGUCGACCGGGCGGCGUAUUCUGUCAACUUCUUUGAUGAAGAGUUUGAGAAGAAAAAGAGAAGUUACCCGCUUGGGGAAAAAGUCAAGAACCUUUUCAGAUGUUCAUCAUCCAGGUUCAAAGUCAUCAUCUACAGUCUGUUUCCAAUACUCGUUUGGCUCCCCAAAUAUAAAAUUAAAGACUACAUUGUGCCCGAUAUCCUCGGGGGAAUCAGUGCGGGGACAAUACAAGUGCCACAAGGGAUGGCCUUUGCGCUGCUUGCCAAUCUGCCUCCCAUCAACGGACUCUACUCCUCCUUCUUCCCUUUGAUACCCUACUUCAUCCUAGGUGGCAUCCACCAGAUGGUCCCAGGCACCUUUGCUGUCAUCAGCAUCAUCGUUGGGAACGUCUGCCAUGAUCUGGCUCCUGAAUCCGAUUUCCAAUACUUUAACCAUACCACCAAUGAGAUAAACAUCAACAACACAGCAAUGGAGGCAGCCAGACUGGAGAUCUCCGCCACAUUAGCUUGUCUGACAGCCAUCAUACAAACAUUUAUUGAUAUUUGCAAAAAUCUCCCCAAGACCAACGUGGCCUCCUUGAUCUUCGCCCUGAUCAGCAUUGUGCUCCUGAUUAUUGUGAAAGAGCUCAACAUGAAAUACAUGAAGAAGAUCCGGGUGCCCAUCCCCAUGGAGAUUGUCAUAGUCAUAAUAGCUACCGCGGUCUCCGGCUGCUUGAACAUGCCUGAGAAAUACAACAUGCCAGUCGUUGGGAAGAUUAAGAUGGGCUUCCCAGUCCCCACACUCCCACUGGUGAGCAAGUGGAAAGAUAUGGUUGGCACAGCUUUUUCACUUGCCAUUGUGGGCUACGUGAUCAACCUGGCCAUGGGACGAACCCUGGGAACCAAACAUGGCUAUGAUGUAGACCCCAACCAGGAAAUGCUUGCCCUGGGCUGCAGUAACUUCUUUGGAUCCUUUUUCAAAAUCCAUGUGAUCUGCUGUGCUCUGUCUGUAACCCUAGCUGUGGACGGGGCUGGAGGAAAAUCUCAGAUGGCAAGUUUCUUUGUAGCGCUGGUGGUUAUGAUAACCAUGCUGGCUUUGGGAAUCUACCUCAACCCCCUUCCAAAGGCUGUGCUGGGAGCCCUGAUAGCAGUGAACCUGAAAAACUCCCUCAAGCAGCUGGCUGAUCCCUUCUACCUGUGGAAGAAAAGCAAGCUGGACUGUUUGGUCUGGGUGGUGAGUUUCCUGUCGGCUUUCUUCUUGGGCCUGCCGUUCGGACUCGCUGUCGGAGUGGGAUUUUCUGUGCUGGUGGUGGUUUUCCACACUCAGUUUCGUAACGGCUCUGCCCUGGGUCAGGUAACUUCCACCGACAUUUACAAGAACCCCAAAACCUACAAUAAGGUCCAGGAACUUGAUGGGAUUAAAAUUGUGACCUACUGCUCCCCAUUGUACUUUGCCAACUCAGAGAUAUUCAGUGAGAAGGUUAUAGCGAAGACUGGGGUAGACCCCAGCAAAGUGUACUUAGCCAGGAAAAAAUACGUGAAACACCAGGAGAAGAAGGCGGCAUCACAAAAAACAACGAAGCUGCAAAAAUUGUUCUUCGGGAACAAGAAGACCUUGUCAGUGCAAGAGCUCCAGAAAGAUUUUGAAACCACCUCUCCGACGGACACCAACAAUAAUCAAACGACUGCCAACGGCACCAGCAUCUCCUACAUCACAUUCCGCCCCCUCGCAAACAAUGCUGGGCAGGUCAAUACCUCAAGUGAACAGGGCAGCAUCUCGAGCCAUCGGGGCAGCACUUGCAGUGUUAUCCCAGCUGCCAACGUUGACCCGAUGAUCACAGCACCGCCCUAUGUCAGCUUCCACACCAUUAUCCUGGACAUGAGUGGAGUGUGCUUCGUGGAUCUGAUGGGCACAAAAGCUCUGGGGAAGCUGUGUUCCAGCUACCAGAAGAUCGGGAUUAAAGUCUUCCUGGCAAACGUGCAUGCCCAGGUGUACCAUGAUAUUAGCACAGGCGGAGUCUUCGAAGAAGGGGGCCUAGACCCAAGUCACAUCUUCUUGACCAUCCACGAUGCUGUUCUGUUUGCACUGGCAAAUGCCAAAGGAGUCUUCCGUCCUCCCGGUUUAGAAGAGAGACCAAGUCAGACAGAGCUCUCCAUCUAUGACGAAUCUGUGGAUGAAAGCAGUGCAGAAUUCAAGAACUUGGAGGAGGAGAUGUUUGGAACCAUGUUCCGUUCGGAGGCCCAGACAGCGCUGUGA